GUUUGAAGAAAGCGUUUUUUACCCAUUUCCCUAUCUCUUUGCUCCAAUUUAAAGCACGGUUGGCGUAGCUGAGCGAGUUGCCUAUCGUAUCUUUUAAUCUGCAAUGAUGGCUCAAGAAAGAACGGACAUUCAGGUCCCAGUGCCAAAUAUCAUCACGCCAGAGGAGGUUGACUAUGAAUCUCUUCCCGAGGACUCUUCUCUGUUGGCACAGUGCACAGCCGGUGCCUUUGCUGGUAUUCUGGAGCAUACUGUUAUGUACCCAGUUGAUGCUCUGAAGACGAGAAUGCAGGCAACGAGCUUGAAAAACACACAGGGUAUCUUCAACAGUAUUUAUAGGAUUUCUCUUCAAGAAGGUUGGCUGUCGCUGUGGAGAGGUACUUCAAGUGUCAUCCUAGGCGCUGGGCCUGCGCAUGCGGUGUAUUUUGGGACCUAUGAGUACGUGAAGAAGAUUCUCAUGAAGGACCAGGAAGGUCACCAGCCUUUGCGUAUUGGAAUUGCUGGUGCCUCUGCGACAAUUACUUCAGAGGCCUUAAUGAACCCAUUUGAUGUUAUCAAACAGAGAAUGCAAUUGAACUCUGGUGGCUCCGCGGACUUCAUUCCGACAGUUAGAUCCAUCAUCAGAACUGAAGGGUUCAGGGCAUUCUACUACUCCUAUCCAACAACCAUCGCAAUGACGAUUCCAUUCACCGCUCUCAACUUUAUCGUUUAUGAAUCAGCUACGAAGGUUCUUAAUCCAGACUCCGUUCACGAUCCUCUGAGACAUUGUAUUGCCGGUGGUCUUGCUGGAGGAGUUGCAGCAGCAUUUACUACCCCGCUGGACUGUGUCAAGACCAUAUUACAAACAAGAACAGGAUUAGACGACCCUCGUAUACGACACGUCCAUAAGUUUGGCGAAGCUGUAAAGAUUAUGUACGAGGUUGGUGGAAUGGCUGCUUUCUGGAAAGGUGUCAAGCCUCGUAUCGUGAGUAACGUCCCUGCAACUGCAAUCUGUUGGACAGCGUAUGAAAUGGCAAAAUACUACCUAAUGAAGUGAUGAUGCGAAUUCAAAGGAUCCUGUGUAUGGUUUUAUCCCGUUAUCUAUGUACAUAUAUAUGACCUUGUAAUUAAAAAAAACCUAGAUGCUGUUGACUCUUCUAUCAACGUAUUGUUCAACCAUGC